CCGUCAACGCGACGGAGAGGCGGGGCCAGUGCGUGGUGGGAAGGGGCGGGAUUCUGCCGCCGCGGCUGCCGCUGGAGCCGGUGUCCGGGCUGGUGAUGGGGUUAAUUCCCUUCCGUGAGACUCUACCUUGCAACCAGCCGGCCCCGCCGUCGCCCCGCUGUGCCGCGCUCCCGCCACCUCCUCCUGCUCCUUCUCAGUAACGCGGGCCACUGAAAGGUAUGAUAUAUUUGAUCCAAGACAGUCCAUUUCAGCCCAGGAAUCUACAGUGGUGACAAGGACAUGGGACUCCUCCCGCCAGAUUACUGUUGGUUCAAUACAUUUGACAUCCUGGCUGACAACUGUGAAGAGGAACCUUGGGUUAUUUUAUUUUAUUUUUGUGGAACACCACAAUCUCAGAUCCAUAGGACACAUCAGGCUUCAAGUUCCCUGUAGAAUUCUAAAAUAACCUUUGCUAAUGAGGAUGUCUGAUAUUGUUAUUAUAAAAGAUGAAACUGAAACAAUGAAGGAUUUGGAGGCAGAAAUGAGAGAUACAACCAGAGUUGAAAAUCUUAUCAAAUCAGAAAACUAUGGGAAGAUUUCGGCAGAGAAGAAUGAACAUUGUAUUGACAACAAUAUUGAUUUGCAGCGGCCCCCGCAGUCAUUUGGACAGACAGGAAAAAGGUCUAAGUCAAGCUCAAAGUUAAAGCUAGUUCGGAGCCUUGCAGUAUGUGAAGAAUCUCCACCACCCCCUGCAGCAGAGAUAUCACAGGAGACCCAGGAGAAAAUUCAGAUACAGUUAACACAAUCAUUUGAAAAAGAGGAAAAGCCCUCAAAAGAUGAAACAGAUAAAGAAAAAGCCAGUGAUAAGUUACCCAGAAAAAUGUUAUCAAGAGAUUCCAGCCAAGAAUACACUGAUUCAACUGGCAUAGAUCUACAUGAAUUUUUAGUAAAUACAUUAAAAAACAAUCCCAGGGACAGAAUGAUGCUGCUGAAAUUGGAACAAGAAAUUUUAGAUUUCAUUGGUAAUAAUGAGUCCCCACGUAAGAAGUUUCCCCCGAUGACAUCUUACCACAGGAUGCUGUUACACAGAGUGGCUGCCUACUUUGGAUUAGACCACAAUGUUGAUCAGAGUGGGAAGUCUGUCAUAGUGAACAAAACUAGCAACACAAGAAUGGAGAUUACCCGCUCCAGCCUUGAACCAGUGGUGUUGUGGAUGUCAACAACCGAGUGUCCACUGGGGUGUCUCAAUGGAGCGGGAAGAUGCCGAUUGCAGGGCAGUAAAUUCAGGCAUCUUUAAAAGAAAGAGACCUGAUCAGAAAUUUAAUGAACAUAUAAAGGAUGAUAGAGGUGAAGACUUUCAGAAACGAUACAUCCUUAAGAGAGAUAACUCUAGCUUUGACAAAGAUGAUAGCCAGAUGAGAAUACGUUUGAAAGAUGACAGAAGAAGCAAAUCUAUAGAAGAAAGAGAAGAAGAAUACCAGAGAGCUAGAGACCGAAUAUUUUCCCAAGAUUCCCUGUGUUCCCAAGAAAACUACAUUAUUGACAAAAGAAUCCAAGAUGAGGACACUAUUGGUACCCAGCAGAGGCGCCAGAUAUUUAGAGUUAAUAAAGAUGCUUCAGGCCGAUCGACAAACAGCCAUCAGAGCAGCACUGAAAAUGAGUUGAAAUACUCAGAGCCACGACCCUGGAGCAGCACCGAUUCAGACAGCUCCCUCAGAAACCUGAAACCCGCUGUCACCAAAGCCAGCAGCUUUAGCGGAAUCUCAGUCCUGACAAGAGGUGAUAGCUCUGGAAGCAGCAAAAGCAUAGGCAGGCUUUCAAAAACAGGAUCUGAGUCUUCAGGUAGUGUAGGGUCCUCUACAGGCUCUCUUUCUCACACCCAGCAGCCUCUCCCAGGUUCAGCUCUUAGCCAGUCUUCUCAUGGCGCACCUGUCAUCUACCCGGCAGCCAGCAAUCACAGUUCUCUUUCCUUUGAUGGUGGCCUCAGUGGUCAAGGUGCAUCUCCUAGCACUAGCUUCCUUUUGCUUCCCUUGGAAGCAACUGGCAUACCACCUGGCAGUAUUCUGAUCAACCCACAAACAGGUCAGCCCUUCUUAAACCCAGAUGGAAGUCCAGUUGUGUACAAUCCUCCUAUGACUCAACAGCCAGUUCGAACCCAAGUGCCUGGUCCUCCACAGCCACCUCUGCCACCCCCACCACCUCAGCAGCCAGCAGCCAGUCACAUGUUCUCACAGCCUGUUGGUCCUCUGCAGUCCUCUUCUCAGCCUGUUCAGUGCUCUCCAGCCCCCUACCCAUCCCCGCUCCUGCCAGUCUCACCCACCCAGCAGUACUCCGUGGAUAACCUUGGCGCUCAGUUCAGCCAUAUGAGUCUUGCCCGCCAGCCAUCAGCUGAUGGUUCUGACCCUCAUGCCACCAUGUUCCAGUCCACUGUUGUACUACAGUCUCCACAGCAGUCUGGUUACAUCGUGACGACAGCACCUCCACAUCCGCCACCACCACCUCCACCACCUCCCCCUCCUCCUUCCCUACCACCUGGGCAGUCAGUCCCCACUGCCAGUUUCUCUGCCUCUGGGCAUCCUGUCAGCCAGCCUGUGCUCCAGCAGCAGGGGUUUCUUCCUCAGCCCUCACCACAGAUGCCAGCCUGUUACUGUGCUCCAGGCCACUAUCACUCCAGCCAACCUCAGUACCGCCCUAUCCCUUCUGUCCAUCACAGUUCACACCUAAACCAACCACUGCCACAGCCUGCACAGCACACAGGUUAUCAAGUUAUGCCCAACCAGCAGCAAAACUACCAAGGAAUAGUUGGAGUUCAGUCACCGCAGAGUCAGAGCCUCAUGGGAGGCCAGCCAAACAGCACUGGACCUCAUAUCCAAGGAGUGGUCAUCCCCUACCCCUCAGUGCCAUCAUAUCAGGUUUCACUGCCUCAAGGUUCUCAAGGAAUUGCCCAUCAGACUUAUCAACAGCCUGUUGUGUUCCCUAAUCAGUCUAAUCAAGGAUCUCUGCCCACAACAGGAAUGCCAGUCUAUUACAGUGUCAUUCCACCUGGCCAACAAAGUAAUUUAAGCUCUGCAGUUGGUUACUUACAACAUCCAGGGUCAGAACAAGUACAGUUUCCUCGAACCACGUCACCAUGCAGCUCUCAACAGCUCCAAGGCCACCAGUGUGCAGCUGUGCCACAGCAGCCACCUGGUGGAGGAAUGGUAAUGAUGCAGCUCAACCUACCAAAUAACCCACAGUCUCGGACCCACUCACCCCCACAGUGGAAACAGAACAAGCACUACUGUGACCACCAGAGAGGACAGAAGUGUAUGGACUUUAGCAACAUGGAUAAUAUUGUUCAGCCCAGCCCUCAGCUCAGCAGCCCCAUCCUUUCUCCAGUGCAGUCGCCAGCACCAGCUCAGCUGUCCACUCUGAAGACCAUCCGUCCCUCAGGACCACCGCUUUCCAUCAUGUCCCAGUUUGCUAGACCUUUUGUUCCUGGACAGGGAGAUGCCAGGUAUCCGCUGCUUGGCCAGCCCCUGCAGUACAACCCUCCUACUCUUCUGCAUGGACACAUUCCACAUCAACAGGGUCAGUCUGGCAGCAGGCAUGGAAACCGAGGACGUAGACAAGCUAAGAAAGCUGCAUCCACAGACCUUGGAGCAGGAGAAGCAGUUGUCGGCAAGGUCUUGGAAAUCACAGAACUACCAGACGGAAUAACUCGAGUGGAAGCCGAGAAGCUUUUUGGGGAACUCUUUAAAAUUGGCGCCAAGAUCCGAUGGCUCCGGGACCCCCAGUCUCAGCCUCAGCUGCGUCGUCACGCUCUCUGCUGUGGUAGUGGGGAUAACACUGUCAACCCUGAGCACUCUAAACCCAGUGACCUGGCCUCUACGUACACUGUCCUAGCUACGUUCCCCUCCAUUUCAGCUGCACAGAGUGCACUGAAGAAGCAGAUCCAUUCAGUGAACAAGUUUAAGCUGAGAAUGAGCAAGAAGCACUACGAUUUCCACAUUUUGGAAAGGGCAAGUUCUCAGUAAACCAGCCGCUACCUUUGGACCCCUCACUCUAUAAUUCCCUGCCCUCUCCCAUCUGAUUGGCUUGUUAAGUGGAGCGUAUGUAAUAUAGAGACUCCUGGGAUGUUUGGCCAUAUGUUACCGCUUUUGGAAGAAAGUCCAGGGACCCAGAAAAGGGAGGGGGAAGAUACCCAUUUCACCCCAGCGUCUAUAGGAAUCCACACGGGAAUGGUUCAGAGUUAGCAGCUGUUUCUAAGGAAAUGCUGUUCAGAUGCCUCCUAACUUUUAUAGUUAUUUUGUUUUAUAUUUCUGAAUUCUUGUAUCAGAUCCAAAGCUCUAUUGUACAGCAAAUUAUUCUUCAAAGUGAUUAUAACCAGUUACAACCUGUAUUUCUUUUUGCAGCCAGCACAGUGUGAACCAACUCAGACUUUGAGAGAAAAAGAAUGCAGGAGUGGAAUAACCAAGUCAAAAACCAUGUCAAAACUAUCCUCUGGGGGGUGCUGAGGGUGCUAUGGAGACCCACAAAUAAACAAUUACUCCUCCACUGAAUUGCUAAACACAGAAAAAUUUCCAGGAAAUCCAGAACUCCCCAACAGGGUCCUUCUUCUUCAUUUAGGUAGUGUGGCCGUUAAGUGUAAGGUAAAUUAUGUUCUCGAUGCCUCCUAAUCAAACCACUUAGGUUAGAAAGAAACAGGAAUCAUCCUAGGCAGGAAAAUUACUCCACUUUUUUUUAAGUGUCCUUCCAAUAACUAAUGCCACUCAUCAGCAUUGUCCUCUUUGGAAAUUUUGUCCUCCUGAGGAAAUGCACUUGACGAGUGCUGAAAACUUCUUAAGUGGUUUAAAUUUUGUUUUCAUUGUUUGCAGCGGAUUACUGGACAUCAAAGAUUCAUUGCACUUAUGAACAAGGAACCUUAUUUUCAAUUUCUGUGUAAUUUUGCAAGGCUGUACAAUGUGCUGAUGCAAGCCUUUUUCAGUUCAAGAGAAUAAAUGUUUACAAAUGUA